AUGAGCAGAUCUGGAAAGUCGUUGACAAAGUACAAGAUUGUUUUUUUGGGAGAACAAGGUGUUGGAAAAACAUCUCUGAUUACUAGGUUCAUGUACGAUACAUUCGAUGAUCAUUAUCAGGCCACGAUCGGUAUAGACUUCCUUUCCAAGACCAUGUAUUUGGAUGACAAGACAAUCAGACUACAGUUAUGGGAUACGGCAGGUCAAGAAAGAUUUAGAUCGUUAAUACCUUCAUACAUUAGGGAUUCAAGAGUUGCUAUUAUUGUUUACGACAUCACCAAGAGAAAAUCUUUUGAAUAUAUCGAUAAAUGGAUAGAAGACGUUAAAAAUGAAAGAGGGGAAGAAAACGUAAUAUUGUGUAUUGUUGGUAAUAAAAGUGAUUUAUCAGAUGAGAGACAAAUCUCCACCGAAGAAGGAGAAAAAAAAGCUAAACUACUAGGUGCUAAAAUCUUCAUGGAGACCUCUACAAAGGCAGGUUACAACGUUAAAAACCUAUUCAAGAAGAUUGCUAAAUCUCUCCCUGAAUUUCAAAACAGCGAAUCAACGCCCUUGGAUGGGGAAAAUGUCAACAGUGGAAAUCAAAACAAACCAGGCGUUAUUGAUAUUUCCACAACCGACGAACAAGAAAAUAGUGGCUGCCAGUGUUAG